GUGCGCUGAAGCACCAGAACAUAAUCUCUGAGGUGAUCACCGGUCCCACAAUGAGGGCUCUUGGACUGAUGGAGCAAAUAAGGCAACAAACACGGUGACCAGCUGUGAGGCAGUCGAGAAACGACACGCAAGGCGCUGCAGCACCUGCUAGCCGGGGAUGGACAACACCUCGGCCUUUUGGAAAGCCGUCCUGCUCUCUCUUGUUCUGUUCUCAAAGACUGCAAAUUGCUGGCAUGACCUUGGAAACAAAGAGUAUGAUUGCUGGCCAUAUUCACAGCCCAAUGAAUUCAACAUGAUUGAUUGUGGAGGUCUUGAAAUGUCCUGGGUUCAUCGACCUCCGGAGAAAGUAGUAAGUGGUCAAGAUUUUAACGUCACCUACUCCGUUAUCGCAUCUGACACUUUCUACGAGUAUGCUGUCAAAAACUCCAUUUUUAAGUUUAGUAAUGCAUCUGAGGCCAAGAAAUUCUGUUAUGAGAGAGACUGCCCGGAAAACUGGAAGAACGCCAACGAGGACAACUGCUGCAUUUAUCAUGCGAACAUCCACUCCUGUCCGCUGGCGUUCAUGAAACAGGGUGGCAUUUGUGGCCCCUGGAUCCCAGAUGAUGGCAAAAUUGUUACACACACCAUAUCUCAGGCCGGCAAAAUGUCUCAGGAGAACUGGACAGCUAAGGUGGUCCUGUUUCACCUUGGAGUCACUUCAAUUAUUGCGCACAUCAAAAUUGGGCUGAUGCAUGCAGCUUUGGAGGCUAAGGUGUCCGUUCUCAGUCCACUAGUAUGCGGUGAUGAUGUCUGUGACCCCGAUGAAGGCUGCCUAACCUGUCCGGCUGACUGUGGCACCUGUCCAAUGUCGCUGGGUAUAAAGCUUGCUAUUGGGCUUCCCGUGGCUGUCUUCUUCACUGGGUUCAUCCUCACCAUGGUGUGGUUCCAGUACCAGAAGCAGAAGAUGUUUUGGGAUGAGAGCUGGAUCAUUAGUUUUAAGGAAAUCGUUAUUGGCAAAAUUGAUGAUGACGUUGGAUUUGGUAGCAUUACAAGUUUACAGAAACUGAACAAUCUCUCCAACACCAGCCACGUCACAGACAUCACUGUGAAGACUGACAAAAGCACCUCACCGGUGCAGAGCUGCCUAGAAGUUGGGGUUUAUGAUGGAAGAUCAGUAGCCAUACGAAGACUACAAAAGAAACACUUUACUCUGUCAAAAUCAAUCCGAAGAGAAGUGAAAGAAAUCAGGGAGCUGGAUCAUCCUAAUCUGUGCAAAUUCAUUGGUGGAUCAAUUGAAGUCCCAAAUGUUGCCAUAGUAACAGAAUACUGUCCUAAAGGGAGCCUGACUGAUGUUCUUUUAAAUGAAGAAGUUCCUCUGAACUGGGGUUUCCGAUUGUCAUUUGCUACUGAUAUAGCUCGUGCGAUGGCUUAUCUUCAUCAGUACAAAAUAUUCCACGGCAGACUUCAUUCGAAAAACUGUGUCAUCGAUGACCGAUGGGUUUGCAAAAUAUCAGAUUAUGGUCUGGAAACUUACCGGAAAGAAGACUUUGAGAAAUCGGGUAGUAUAUUUAGCAGAAAGUUCUCUCGCCUCUAUUGUGCUCCAGAGGUCCUUUUGGGAAGCUCCUCAAACAUGACUCCUGCUGCUGACAUAUACAGCUUUUCUAUCAUUCUGGUGGAAAUUGCAACACGUUCUGACCUUGUAUCGGGAGACAUUGAUCCUGUAAAAACAGAUAUUACCUGGCGACCUCCACUGCCUGAUUUCAAACUUACAAAAACUGACAAUUACUGUCCAAAUGAGGCCGAUUAUUGUGAGCUUGUCAAAAAGUGCUGGAAUCAUUCGGCUCCAAUGAGGCCAACAUUUGAACAAAUCAAGAAGAUGCUGGAGAAGAUGAAUCCUCAUAAAGUGAGCCCUGUGGACAUGAUGAUGAACCUGAUGGAAAAGUAUAGCAAGCACCUAGAAGCCAUUGUAGCGGAGAGGACUCAGGAUCUUCUACAAGAAAAGCAGAAGACGGACCGUUUGCUAUACAGUAUGCUACCCAAGCCCGUAGCUGAUGAACUUCGACAAGGACGUACUUUAGAAGCUCAGACCUACUCCAGUGCUACCGUGUACUUCAGUGAUAUUGUGGGUUUUACUCAGCUCUCCAGUGCUAGCACUCCACACGAGGUGGUUGAUUUUCUCAACAAACUCUACACUACUUUUGAUGAUAUCAUUGAUAAUUAUGAUGUUUACAAAGUUGAAACAAUAGGAGAUGCAUAUAUGGUUGUAUCUGGUGUCCCAAAAGUAAAUGGAAUUAACCAUGCAGGGGAAAUCGCCUCCAUGGCCCUGGGCUUGGUCAACGUUUGUGAAACCUUCAAAAUCCCCCACAAGCCUAACACACAGCUGAAGAUACGUGCUGGAAUUCAUUCAGGUCCUGUAGUCGCUGGUGUAGUUGGAACGAAAAUGCCUCGAUACUGUUUAUUUGGUGAUACCGUCAACACAGCUUCACGAAUGGAAACUCUGAGUGAAGCUUUAAAAAUACAGUGCAGUUGCAACACUGCUGAACUUCUGACCAAACUAGGUGGUUACACCUUAUCCUGCCGUGGGGCUGUCAAUGUCAAGGGUAAAGGGGAAAUGAUCACGUGGUGGCUGGAAGGCAAGAUUCAAUCUGACGAAAGGAUGAAAAAUUGCCCACCACCUGAAUACUGCUAAUUUUGGAGUCUGUGUGAUUUCCUUUCUGGGUCCAGUCAAAAUGAAUGGAGCUAUACAGUAGAUUAGGGUGCAAGUGUACAAGACUACUGCUUUUUAGAUAUAACCUUUGGACUGUGCUUUGAGACAGUCUGUCUGUUUUAGUGAUCAAGCUGUAUGUAAUACUGUGAAUGGGUUCAGUCCUGACACUUGAAGCAGAUAUUCUCUCAGCACCAACACACUGCAGAGUAAUAAUAAAAAUGCAUUUACUGUAUAUGUUAAUCAUAUUAGUGGUUUCGUUAAAAGAAUGUACUGAGAAUAUAUACUGUACUUAACAUAAUAUGUGGCAAGUCACCUUUGAUUCUACAUUCAUGUUUUUUAUUUCCCAGCAUGUAAAGUCAAACGAGAUGCUCUAAAGAUAAUGACAUCCUAUCAUUAAAGUGAUUUAAUUUCUGUCUCAUUGUUCAUUUUUCAGUUGUAAGGGGAUUUAUCUCUGUUUUGCUUCAAGGUUUCAUUUUCAGGGGCCUGCAUACAACAAGCAAAAGAAAACACGUAAUUUUAUAUUGAGCCAUUGUAUAAGAAAAGCAAUCCUGAGACGCUUUAUAAGGACAGGAUUGUGGUAUGUGGGAUACGCCCACGGGCGCACAUCACUGCGGCUACAAUUGUGUGGCAGUCGCCUCAGGUCAUUGGGUGUAUUUACACAAGCUCUUGAACUUCACUCUGUGCUCAGCCGCUGAGUCUUUCAGGUCUGUGUUCCACCGCUUACCCUCACUAUUCCACUGCUUUAUAAUCCCUGCUGGGAUGCUUAUUUGGAUUUUGUUCUUUAUGUCUGUAUUUUUAAUUCUGCCUUUGCUUGCUCCUUGUGUUUGUUCAUUUUUACCUGUGGUUUCAUAAAAAAACAAUGAUUGCUUAGGCCGCAGCAUGCUUUAAUAUAUACAUUUAGUUUUGACUCUUGACUUAACGACUAAUGUAAUGCAACAAUCUCUUAUAUUUGAGAA